GUCAGUGAAUUCUCUUCCCGUCCCCUAAGGGAGGUGGGAGGAUCUGAUCAGCUGAUUUUGAGUUGUUCGUUGUGUGGAAUCUGAGUGUGUUCAUAUUCUGCCGUCUGUUACACAUAUUUUAUCUACCAUACCAUGUUGAAACCUAGAACACUGACUCAGAUCCUGAGUCAGGCUAAUACUGGAGGAGUUCAGUGUGCCUUACUGCUGAACUUGGAGGGAGCACUCUUAGCUUUUACAGGCUAUGGUGAUCGGGAUGCAAGAGUCACUGCUGCUAUUGCAAGUAACAUUUGGGCUGUGUACGAUAAAAAUGGACGAAAUGCCUUUUCAGAGGACAGGUUGAGCAUGGUUCUCAUGGAAUGUGAGGAUGGCAAAGUUUGUGUAACUCAAGUUGCUAACCUCCUCCUAUGUAUAUAUGCUAAGGAAAACGUAGGGUUUGGUAUACUGAAAGCCAAAACUCAAGCUCUGGCAAAGUACUUGGAUGGGCCUUUACGACAAGUUGCCACUGCAUGAUUUGGAAAUGAACUCUCUAAUUUAUUUGUAUGACAUUAGUAUGAUCAUUGUAUCUGUAUGUUAUAUUUUUUCUAAUACAUUUUGUAAGAAUUGUAGCUUUUCUUUAGAUUACACAAUACUGUAAAACAAGUUUCUUGUAAAGUUUAAGCAUAAGCCAGCAAAUUUUAUUGGAAUUUUGGUGCAUUAAUUUGCUUGUGUACAUAACAGUACUUUUUUUAAUUAAAGUGAAUAAUUUAAACUUCAAAUUGGUUUAACAUGUGCAUGGAUCACACUUGGAAUGUAAAAUUUCAUGGAUUACAAAAUAUGUAAUGUAAGGUUUUGCUGUAUACUUCAUAUAACUAAUAUACUUGGUAAUUUAUGUGCCAUAGGAUUAAUGUAACAAUAAAUUUCUAAUGAAAUAUA